CUCGCUGCGCCCGCCUGAUGACGCAACGACUUCAUACGCCCAGGAACCGGCCCGUAAUACUUUUUUUGGCAUUUGUUGGCUAUAAGAAUGAAUUCAUAUUCUAUUCUUUGUAGAAUAAAACUCUUUUAUUCUCGCGAUCGGGCCUCAUACCAGCUGAAUUGACGAACCGAUCUACCACUCCCUCUUCCUCCUCCUCUGCUGCCUACGCAAACACGAUCAAUCCACCACCUCUACCUCUAACUCAACUUACAACCCACAAACUAUUUAUUCCUCCAUCAAUCACAACCACGACCAACAAAAUGGGACUCUGCAUGUCCCUAAUGGGCCACCGCCGCCGGCACCGCGGCAACACCAUGAUGGGCGGCAUGGGCGGCAUGGGCGGCCCCCCACCCCGACCCGUCGGGGGAUUCGGCGGGGGGAUGCAAAUGGGCGGCGGCGGUCGUCACUACCACCAACAUCACCACCACCAUCACGGCGGAGGCGGGUUCGGGGGGCCGCCUGGUGGUCCGGGCGGGUUUGGCGGUGGCGGGAGACGCCAUGGAGGAGGCCGCCCUACAAGGGGGGGCGGAAGGGGUGGCGGGAGGUGGUGAGUGGAUCGAGAAUAAGGGAAAGAGGAUGGUGGCGGUUGAAUGUGAUAUGGAUAUGUGCAAGGUAAUGGUCAUGAUGAUGGGUUUGGAUGUAAUGCCUUUUUGGAUCUCUAUUGUUUGAGUCUAGUUGUGUGUGCUUAUGGACAGCUUAAUGUAAUUCAUUGUGUUGGUC